AUGGUGGCCGCAAAGAAGACGAAAAAGUCACUGGAGUCGAUCAACUCUAGGCUCCAGCUGGUUAUGAAAAGUGGAAAGUACGUGCUGGGGUACAAACAGACUCUGAAAAUGAUCAGACAAGGCAAAGCGAAACUGGUCAUCCUCGCCAACAACUGCCCAGCCUUGAGGAAAUCUGAAAUAGAGUAUUACGCCAUGUUGGCCAAAACUGGUGUCCAUCACUACAGUGGCAAUAAUAUUGAAUUGGGCACAGCAUGUGGAAAAUACUACAGAGUAUGCACACUGGCUAUCAUUGAUCCAGGUGAUUCUGAUAUUAUUAGAAGCAUGCCAGAACAGACUGGUGAAAAGUAA